CGCACGCGCUUUUGUCAGUGUCCGCAAAAUGGCUGCGCUCGUGAGCGUCCGCGCGUGCCUCUCCGCCCUUCAGUUGACCUCCCCGAGUUUACUGCACAGCUCCUAUAAACUACUUGCAGUUCCUCUAAGUCGGAGGAAUUUCGCGGCAGAAGCGAAGAAGGUUUUCUCUCGUGAUAAACCCCAUUUGAACAUCGGGACUAUCGGUCAUGUAGACCACGGCAAAACCACGCUGACCGCCGCCAUUACCAAAGUCCUUGCCGAAGCCGGUGGUGCAAGUUAUAAGACGUAUGAGGAUAUUGACAACGCCCCAGAAGAGAAGGCUAGAGGAAUCACCAUAAACGCCUCACAUGUGGAAUACACCACCGCCAACAGACACUACGCUCACACAGACUGCCCCGGUCAUGCCGACUACGUCAAGAACAUGAUCACAGGCACGUCUCAGUUGGACGGCUGCAUCUUAGUGGUGGCGGCGACCGACGGUCAGAUGCCCCAGACGCGCGAGCACCUCCUGCUGGCGCGGCAGAUCGGCGUGGAGCACGUGGUGGUGUUCGUGAACAAGGCCGAUGCAGUGGAGGACAAAGAGAUGCUGGACCUGGUGGAGCUGGAGAUCCGAGAGCUGCUCACCGAGUUCGGCUACGAUGGCGAAAAUACACCGGUCGUUAUUGGAUCGGCACUCUGUGCCCUGGAGAACAAGCAGCCGGAGCUUGGUGUCGACUCCAUUAUGAAGCUUUUGGAGGUGGUAGAUACGUUUAUUCCUUUGCCAAGGAGAGAUCUGGAUAAGCCAUUCCUGCUGCCCAUAGAGGGAGUCUAUUCUAUUCCAGGUCGUGGUACUGUGGUCACUGGCACGCUAGAGCGAGGAGUGAUCAAGAAAGGAGAUGAAUGUGAAUUUCUCGGACACAAUCGUUCCCUUAAAUCGGUCAUUACUGGUAUCGAGAUGUUCCAUCAGUCCCUGGACCGGGCGGAGGCGGGCGAUAACAUGGGCGCUCUGAUUCGUGGUCUAAAGAGAGAGGACGUCAGGAGAGGCAUGGUGAUGAUCAAACCUGGAUCCGUCCAGCCUCACCAGAAGGUCAAAGCUCAGGUCUACGUCCUUAGCAAGGAGGAGGGCGGCCGGCACAAGCCAUUCUGCACAAACUUCAUGCCCAUCAUGUUCUCUCACACCUGGGACAUGGCCUGUCUAGUAGAACUGCUUCCCGGGAAGGAGAUGGUGAUGCCCGGAGAGGACACGUCUAUAAUCCUGGUCCUCCGACAGCCCAUGGCUCUCGGCAAAGGCCAAAGGUUCACGCUCAGAGAUGGCAACCAAACCAUCGGCACGGGCCUGGUCACAGAAAUCCUUCCCAUGGCAGAGAACGACAAAUACAACUGGGGCUGAGAGACCACAUGAAAGAGGGAAACUCUUUGAGAAUUUGGUGUAUGAAGCCUUUGUGGACUGGAGUUCGAGAAAUUGCUCUGGAUGUGAAUUACGGCCCCGGUUAUUGACUAGGAGAAUGACUAUGUUCUUAUUGAUUAUGUCUUCGCAAGCCCUUAAAAUAUGCGCCCACCUAUUUUCUACAUGAAGAAAAAGAGUAAAGUAUUGCUAGGAUGAGCAAUCAAACAUUGUCAUGGAAUAAUUAGCGUUUCCGAAACAUGCUUCACUUUUAUUCUCCUCUGUUCCAUCUGAGCAGUUCACAAGGAGGAAACCAGUUAGUUUGUGAAAGUUUCCUAAUUUAAAUAGUACAUGGCUUGAUAUUGCUUGCCGUUCAUAUACAGACACACAUUUGGUUCUUUUCCUGUCUGGUUUCUGGUCAUCUGUCUAAAAAAUAUGGCUAAUGUAAUAAAAUGUAUUCAACAGAC